AUGAGCAACACAGAUGGCCUAUACAAGACUGAGCAGACUGCAUCAGGUGGAGUAAAGAUGAAGUCUGGCAUGGAGGACUUGCUAGAUGACCUCUUCACUCCAACUGUUGUAAGAAAGCCUCCUGCUCAAGCCAUUACAAAGACCUUCUCCAAAAUGAAGAAGAGACCUCUCGAUACUUCAUCUCAAUCAUCAUCAUCAUCAGCACCAUCCUAUUGGGCAACACAAAUUCCAACGUUAUCAUCUACUACAUCAACAACAUCUACAUCAAGAUCAACAUCAUCGACAUCAACAACAUCGACAUCAAGAUCAACAUCAUCGUCCUCAUCACAACAACAACAACAACAACCAAGCAUAUCUAUCAUUACCCAGCCGCAAAAGAAGAGCAAACCAACAGCAGCCAAGUUCUCACUGGACUCAUUGCUCAAGGAGAAGAAGGAGAAGACCUAUGCAAAGCAGGAACCAAUCGUAACCUACGAUGAGUUGCUCACUGAAGAGACCGAGAAGAAGAAGUCUGCUGAGUUGGACUUGGAGAUCAACGCAGAGCAAAUGGCUCGUCUCAAGGAUCUACUAGACAUCAAGUCCGAUUCUCUUUUGAACUCAAUAGCCUCUCAGAAAAGUUUGCUGGAGCUCAAUGUACUGUCACUACCGCGACCAACAGACUUGUCUUCCAUAUUGGAUGUCCAACCCGAUGACAUCCAGAGUCUGCCAUGCAGCAGACUGCUCAAAAAGGGCAUUCGCAAGGGUGAACAAGAGGACAACAACAGAGAGGGCUUUAGCUACAAUAACUUUAAGAUGCUGAUACAGAACGGACUGGACAGCAUACUGGACACAUUCGAUAUCAACUCACUGCCCAAAUAUCUCAUCGAUGUAUUAUUCUCUUAUGGUAUGUAG